UUCCAUCGAUCGCUCACAAGAUCGAGAGAGAGCAAAGAUCGACGAUCGAGGGUUUAGUGAGGUUCCUGAUUGCUUACAGUUCAAUUUGUCGUUAACAGACAGCUGGUGUAUAGCUAAGCGCCGCCGGCACCAUGAUCCCGGGAUCGGCCGUGUACCACGUGGUGGAGGCGAUGGCGCCGCUGUACACGGCGGCGGUUCUGGGCUACGCGUCUGUGCGGUGGCUCAAGGCCUUCUCCGACGAGCAGUGCGCGGGGAUCAACCACUUCGUCGCGCUCUACGCCGUGCCGGUGCUCAUCUUCCACAUGGUCUCCUCCAACGACCCGUACCACAUGAACGAGCGCCUCAUCGCCGCCGACACGCUGCAGAAGGCCGUCAUGCUGCUAGCCCUCACGGCUUGGGCCUUCUGGGCACACUUCCGCCGCCGGCGCGGAGGCGACGGCAAGGCGGCGGCGGCGGCUUCGCCGAUCAAAUGGGUGGUCACCAACUUCUCCGUGGCGUCGCUUCCCAACACCAUCAUCAUGGGCGUGCCGCUCCUCGACGGCAUGUACGGCUCCGUGUCGGGGGGACUCAUGAAGCAGAUCGUCGUCAUGCAGUUCUGCAUCUGGUACAACGUCGUCAUCUUCCUCUACGAGUUCAUGGCGGCGCGGGACGGCAGCGCCAAGAUCAGCCCCGUGUCGGCGGCGGCGGCGCCGGCCGAGAAGCGCGACCGCAUCGGCGAGAACGGCGGAAGCAUUCAUGCCGAGCGUAGUCAGAACCAGGUGGUCGUCAACAUUGAGAUCACCGAGGUGGCGGCGGCGGCGGAUGCGUCGCCCACGGCACCACCAGAAAGCGGGGCCGAAGAGGCGGCGGCGGCGGCGGCCGCGGCCGAGGAGGUGGCAGCUGUCCCGCCGCCAGCGCCGGCCCAGCAGGUGCCACCGGUGAUGCACGUCGUGUGGAUGGCGGUGAAGAAGCUUCUCCAGAUUCCCAAUACCUACGCGAGCUUCCUUGGCCUCAUCUGGUCUCUCAUGGCAUUCAAGAUUGGAUUCUCGAUGCCAAAAAUCGUUGACGACUCUCUGUUCACCAUCCACACAACCGCAGUUGGGUUGAGCAUGUUCGCUUCAGGAACGUUCAUAGCGCGUCAGUCACGGUUCGUGCCAUGCGGGUACACCAUCGCGUCGCUGUCCAUGGUCCUCAAGUUCCUGAUCGGUCCGGUGAUCAUGCUGCUCGUCUCGCUCGCCAUCGGAAUGCACGGCACCCUUCUGCACAUUGCUGUCGUACAGGCGGCGCUCCCCCUGGCCGUAACCUCGUUCGUGUACGCGGAGGAGUACAAGGUCCACGCCGACAUCAUGAGCACCGGGGUUAUUCUCGGGAUAUUCAUAUCGCUGCCGGUCACGAUUGUGUACUACAUACUGCUGGGGCUGUGAUGGAGGAAGCUGGUUGUUGAAUUGCAUGUCCAGCCACCAGUCCGGCUGUUCCUAACUCAGUCCCCGGGUAGCUCGUGUUAAAACAUUUUUCAAUGUACAGCAAGGAACGGAAAGAAAGCCGUGUUGUCGAGGCGUGGUAGAGCUCGUGUGUUGCUGAAACAUUUCAACGUACCCUUUAUUGUUGGAAAAGAAUAAAAAAAUCCAGUGGUCAGUGGGCAAACGCACCCAAGCUAAGGCCUUGUUUAUUUGUUCAACUUUGAACAACCAAAAUUACUGUAGCAUAACUGUAGCGUUUCGUUUGUAUUUGUGAAUUAUUUUCUAAAUAUUAACUAAUUAGGCU